UCAACAUAUUUGUCGAUUCAUUUAGUAAUCGACUAAUAAUCGAUUCAUCGAAUAAUCCAACAAAAGUAAAAUUGAGACAAUUAGAAUUUUCCCCUUACACUUAUAUUAAAUAUUAAGUAUCCUUGACAAGGAACGGAGAAGUUUAUAAUCAGGCCUUGAUAAUCAGCAAAUAAAAUCUUCUGAGUAAUGACUCACAAAAUUAGUUGGAAACAAUUUGAGAAUAAAGGCAUUCAUCAGAAGUGGCCUCUGUGUGCUGUGUGUAGGGUUUGUGUCACAUUUCAGGUGACGUGUGACGUCAGUCUUGCGUGUGUGGAGAUAAAGCCCAGCAUGCAUAGUAUAGCUCCUGGGUUGGUUUCUUGAGUAAAUCAAUGCCUUGUAAAGCACUAUCACACAAUGAUAAUAAACGUCAUUAUCGGGUUUCCCCUGUCAUUCUGCUGUCAUGUGUGUUUCAUGUAAGAAUGAAACAUUUUUCAAGAACUUUAAAAGGAAGUGGAGUUUCCCCAGUGGUGCUCAGUACUGUAUAUAAUCCCUGUCGCGGAGGAGCCUGACAGAAUCCAAAGUCCAGACUCGGAGAAAGAGUAACAGCAGAGAGCCUGCAGCUACAGCACAAAAAGUCUCUACCUUAUACAUUUUGGGAGCAGGAAGCACGAGGCAGUCCAAACAAGAUGACUACAUCCGUCCCAAAGCACCAGGAGAUCUACAACCAGCAGGGCUUUCUCUCACCACUGCCUGUGUUGAAUGAGACAGAGCUGAGGGAGGCCAGACAUGCCUUUUCUGAGCUGGAGAAGGAAUUAGGUGAGGACUACACCCAGUACAGCCUCCACAAUGUCCACCUUCAGUAUCCAUGGGUGAUGGGCCUGACCAAACACCCUCAUGUCCUGGAGGUGGUCAAAGCCGUCCUGGGUCCGGACGUCAUCCUGCUCGACUCGCGCUUCAUCUGCAAAUAUCCAGUCCUCAAAGCAGCCGACGUGCAGGAGAAUGACAGAGGAGAAGCCAAACCUGAUGGGAAGAACGAGGCAAAUGUGCUUCCAUAUGUGGCCUGGCAUCAGGAUAUGAGGUAUUGGGGAGUUGCCGGUGGCCCUGUUCUGUCUGUGUGGCUCGCUUUAGAUGACUCACAGAAGGAAAACGGUGCCCUUCAGGUUAUUCCAGGCAGCCACUGCUCCGGCAUGUUGCCCCAUCGCCAGGCCAUCCGCCCUGGAAACUUGUUGUCAGUCAACCAGGAGAUCCCAGAGGAGCUGGUGCAGGCUGAUGACGCUGUGUUCUGCCCUCUUUUAGCCGGACAGAUGUCUGUCCAUGACGGGUUUCUCGUGCAUGCCAGCGAUCCCAACAUAUCCCCAAGGAGGCGCUGUGGGUUUGUGAUUCGUUAUGUUCCCACCUGUGCUUACCCUGUACAGGAUCCAGAUCGUCCCAGGAAAUUUCAUGCCACAAUGUUGGCCUGUGGAGAAGAUCGUUUCAAUCAUUUCUCCGACAGAUGAACAUGAACAUUCACUGGAACAGUCACUUUUAAACGUGAUGGGCAAAUUGAAAUUUCUGUUCAUAUAUGACAGGAGUAUCAUGUUCCAUUAUUCUACAGUACUUAUUUCUCCAUGAUUAUGAAUUGGAAAAUGUUUUUUUUAAUCAUCAAGACAACAGACUUUACUGUUUCUGUUACUAUAAAGCUUUCAAAUGAAUCCCAAAAUAAACACCAUAAGCACCAACCAUAAAUAAUACAGUUGCACUGUUUUCUCAAUGUAUUUAUAUCUUUGCAAAACACAAAAUAAAGCUCAAUAAAGUUUUCAA